CGUGUGUAAAUAUCUUUCACUUUUAAUCAGUUUAUAUUAAAAUAUUAACUUGUAACACUUAUAACUAGAAAAGUUUAAAUUAUUAAAAAUGGUUGAAGCAAGUAAGUUUUGGUUUGAGAAGGCCUGUAGCCAUGCUCCAUGUAAUACUUUGAUUCACCCCUGGACUUCUACAUGCAAAGAUGCUACAGCAACUAUGCUCCUUAGUUGCAUUAAAGGCAGUUAUAAGUUCUACGCCAUGGUGUACCUUAUUCAAAUAUUAAUGAAGGGUAAAAAAUUGGGGAAGGAUGAAAUGAUUGAGCAAUUCAAAUUGUAUUUAAAAUCUGGUAUAUUCGGAUUGACAGUGGGAAGUUCUUUUGUCACAUUGAAUUGCAUAUUUAGGGCGUUAUUCUUCAGCCAAUUUAAUUAUUACACGACAGUCCUAUUGCCGUGUACGGUGAGCGGUCUUGCGGUCUACUUCGAGCCACCGUACAGAAGAGUUAUGGUCGUCAAUCUAUUUGUCAACUUGGUGUUCGAAUAUUGGGUAAGAACAUUAGAAAUGAAAGGAUGGCUUAGGAGGACACCAGGCAAAGAAACGCUUAUCUUCAUGUUGGGUAGUGCUGUCUUUUUCUAUUUAAUGAGAAAAGAAAGAGAGAACCGUAAACGAACACCAUUGUUUUGGUUCUUCACUCCGCCGCGAGUUUCGAAGGAAGUUGGAGAGCCGAUAAAAGGGGUCAACGGGAGGAGUCCUGCUUGUCCACAUAAAGGAAACUGUAUUAAUUAUAUUUUGAGGGGUACAAUACAGUUGUUCGGCGUGGGGUGCGCUAUGACAAUACUGCGCACGAUAAUUCCUCGGAUUCUGACGCCGACUAAAGCGUUGAAAUCAUUGAAGCUGUCACAUCUCAAACUUGGAGUGUUCUUUGGUGGUUAUAUUGGUAUUUAUAGGCUGGUUGUUUGCCUGCUGUGUCGGGCGUACGGCAAGGAUAGCGCGCUAUACGCGUUACCCGCGGGUUUCCUCGCAGGCGCCGCGUUUAGAGCCUCACCGUCUUUGCCAAUUUCAUUAGCACCGUUGACAUCUACGUUACAGAUCCUGGGCUCAUGGGGCUACCAGGCGGGGUACAUCCCCGAGCAGUGGCCGGUGGUAGAGCUGCUGUACUGCGUGUGCCAGGGUCUGCUGUUCCACGCACGCGUCAUGCACGAGGACGUCUGCCCCCGGUACAUCAUCAACCUGAUGACCACAGUCACCAGCACCAAAGCUGACCAAAUUCAAUCGGCCUUCAUACAGAGGAUGCUACGGUCUCUAUAGAUGUUAGACACAUUUUAGCGCAAUUAUAAUAUUGUAUAAGUAAACGCGACAGCUUAACAGUUAAUGCAUUAUUUUCAUGUUGAAAAUAAGAAUUUUCUUCUCUUUAUCGAUAAUGAUAUCACACAUCACUAGUAUAGUAGCUUGCGGUAGUUGGCACGUCGGGUGUAAGACAACCCUUAUUAUUGGCGUGCCAAAUCAAAUUCGAUGUAUAGCGGUUUUCAGAUAUCUUGGCGGAUAACUUCGCUUGAGUUACGUAGAAUACUGUUUUAGGUGUGCUAAGCCUUAGCGGGGUUAAGGCACUGUGCAGCGCGCAUGAUCUUCAGCCGCCAAAAUAUUUGAAAAGAACUAUACUAUAAAUUUUCUGUAGUAGACCCGCGAGCUGUCGCGUUGUAAUGGGACGCAAACCUGUGAUUUUUUUUUAGAAUUAAAAACAGGGUUUCCACGAUGGCACAUUUUUGGGGGUAAAUAAGAUAUAGUUCUUUAUUUGUACAGCUUAUUUUUAUUAAAUAGGAUUAUUAUUUAGUUUAAAAAUGUAAUAAUUUUCCAGUCAAUACUUGUGAAA